UUGAGUUAGCUGCGGAGAGUCGAGUUUAGAACCGAGUUCAUCCGGUAAUUUAACGUUUAAACGGUUCAGACUAAAGUUCUGUUGUGUUUUUAAUACCGGAACUCGCGGGUGUUUACAGCUUCCGACUAUUUAAAUAACCUCUUCCGGUUCGGUUUGUUGUGAGGCGGCUGGUGUUAGCAUAGCGACGGGUCUGAUGCUAACGGAGCUAACGGGACAGGAAGUCGGUAUUUUAACGGACAGAUAAUCGGUUGAGUCCCCGGUGGAUACAUGUGAUCGCCCGGUGUCCUAUGGAGCGGACUGACCGGAGGACAGACCCCCGCCGGUUGGACAACCAGCCGUACGACGAGAGCCUGGAGGUGGAGGACUCCGAGGAGGUGGCGAGUGUCUCCAGCCCGACUCCCCGGGGCCAGCGUCCGUCAUUCUCCAGACGAAGUCGGGAGGGGCGUGGCCUGAUGUCGGCCAACAGCAGCAGUGACGAGUUUGAGGAGGAUCAAAAGCCUCAGAGGCCCAAAGAGCCAAUCGGUAGGCAGCCUGGUGCCAGUCCCAACGAGGAGGAGGAUGAGGAAGAGGAGGAUGAAGAGGAGGAGGAUGACGAUUCAGACGAAGAGGAUACAGACGAUGACGACGAACCGGGGCAGGCUCCGGAGGGGGCGUAUGACCCGGCCGACUACGCCAACCUGCCUGUGAGCACCGAGGUCAAAGAGCUGUUCCAGUACAUCACACGCUACACUCCUCAGUCCAUUGAGUUGGAUCACAGUCUGAAACCCUUCAUCCCAGACUUCAUCCCGGCUGUCGGAGACAUCGACGCCUUCCUGAAGGUGCCGAGGCCGGACGGGGUCACGGACGCUCUGGGUCUGUUGGCUCUGGACGAGCCCAGCGUGAAGCAGUCUGACCCCACGGUUCUGUCGCUGUGGCUGUCGGAGGAAACCAAACAACACGGAGCCACAGAGCUGAAGAAGGUGACGAGCGUGGCGAGUCCUCAGUCGAUUCCUCGGGCGGUGGACAGCUGGGUGGAGAGCAUCAGCGCGCUGCACCGCUCCAAACCAGCGGCGAGCGUCCACUACGGCCGCGCCAUGCCCGACAUCGACAGCCUGAUGCAGGAGUGGCCCGGCGAGCUGGAGGAGCUCCUGGGGCGUCUCCAGCUGCCGCCCGCCCGCCUCAGCUGCAGCCUGAUGCAGUACGUGGACCUGGUGUGCGCCCUGCUGGACGUCCCCGUGCACAGCAACAGGAUCCAGUCUCUGCACCUGCUGUUCAACCUCUACCUGGAGUUCAGAGACUCGCAGCACUUCACACGCAGAUCACAAACCUGACACAGGUGCAGAGAGCGAGGAGGUCACGACCUUUGACCUGGUCUCAUCCGUGUCAGACAGAACUGUUUCUGUGUUCCACUCUUUAUUCUUUCAAAUAAACUUUAUCAUGUCAA